GAAAUAAGUAUGGAUAUUCCAAACACUCCCAAAAAACCUACUUUAAGUGCAGAAUUAAAAAAGAUUAUCGACCAAAGAAAUAUGAUGACUAUUCGUACUAGAAUGAAAGUUUUGAACGCCUUGGAUGAAAUUUACCAAGAAAAUCUAAUGAAAAAAGAAGAAAGUUUAAGGAUUCAAGCUAUACAAGAAAUUUUAAGUUCAGAAGUUAAAUAUUUACGACAAUUAGAAAUUAUUAUGGAGUUUUUCAUGAAGCCAAUACUUGAGAGAAAAUUAUUAAAUUAUGAUUCGUAUAUAACGCUAUUCGAAAAUAUAGAAACACUGUACAGCGUGAACGGAGAAUUAUUAAAAGAAUUGAAUGAAAAUCCGGAAAAUAUUGCACAAGCAUUUUACAAAUUGGCACCUUUCUUCAAACUAUACUCCGUCUAUGCAUACAAUUAUAAACGCGCUUUAAUCGUUUUACAGGAAAUACAACAAAAUUAUUCGACAAUAGCCGAAUUUAUAACAAGUCAAGAAACGAGACCAGAAGUCAGUAAUAAAUUGUCUUCUUUGCUAAUAGCACCGAUUCAAAGAGUACCAAGAUACAAAUUACUUUUGAAAGAAGUUUUACGGCAUACGAUACCUAAACAACAAGAUUACAUUAUACUACAAGCAUCAUUAGUAGAAAUAGAAAAAGUGGCAACCCACAUUAACUUCCUUGUCGCGGAAUACGAAGAUGCACAAAAACUUUUAGAACUCCAGAAAAAUAUCGUUGGUCAAAUAAAUUUGAUCAAACCAGGACGUAAAUUAAUUCGUCAAGGACCCCUUAUGCGAGUAUCAAGGCGUGGUAAUACGUCUUUUCGAAGACACUUUGUUCUUCUUAGUGACACUUUACUCUAUUGUAAAGGUAAUCCAGAAUCAUUGACAAUAUGCUGUUUAUUACCAUUAAAUAAAUGCAAAGUUGAACGAGUACUCAGUAAUGGACUUUUCAAAGUCAUUUGCAUACAAGAAACGUUAUUACUUUAUUCGGAAAAUGGAGAUAGUGAAGCUUGGAUCGAAGAAUUACAAGCAGCUGUAAACAAGUAUAUUGAGUGCAGAAAAACUUUACGAAAGGAUAGCAGUGCACGAAUACCUGUACGUAGAAUAAGAGAUAUUGAAAAAGAAAAUUUCAUUGAAAAGCGGUGUAAAAAGAAAAGGCCAUUAUCGAUUAAUGAAGCAAUUGAGCCACUGGCGGACAAUUCUAAGAUAGUAUAUGUAAAUCAAGACAGUGAAUCCGUAUUCUCUUCCGAAAAUUCGAAUUUUUGUUUCGCGUUCAAACGCUUUAAAAGAGCGCCAGUUGAGGUUGAACCUACCGUCAAAGAGAAAUUACGGUUUUGGAUCGAUGGGUUGAAGAAAAAAAAUUCCAAAAUCGAGACUCCAAAUAGAAAUAAUGUUUUUCAUGUAACGAAAAAUAAUGCGUCUAACUUACAAAUUGUAAGUGCUAUUGUCAUGUAA